CUAUGGACAAGUUAACUAUACCUCCCUCUUAUUGGUGUACCUCGAAGCCUGUGUAUCUGUUAUCGUGAUUGGUUGCAGUCACCCGGCUGUUGAUGCGCUGUCAAAAAGCAAAGAGUCACAAUUCAGUGGGAGAGAGAUAGAGCGAGAAGGUCAUCAUGCAGUUUUUGGGGCGAUUUGUGUCCAACCUCUUCUCGAACCCGUACCGGGUGAAGGAGGUGCAGCUCUCAGAGUACAGCUCUGGGGGUAAAGUGCGACAGAGGGAGGAGGGCCGGAUGGUGCUGUACAGAAACCCUCCCAGCCAGUCCUGGGACUGUGUGCUGCUGUGCCCCGAAACCCCCAGCAUUGCACUGAGAUUAUUCCAGGUGCCCUCUGAGGAAGACGCUCUGAACUGGUUCCCUCAGUACGCCCUCAAACUCCGCCCAUUCUACGAGACCGCCCGCCCCCAGCUCAAAGCCGAGACGCUGCAGACGCUUGCGGACUGCCUGCGCAAUCAUCCGGACUGGAGCUCUGCGCACAUCGCCGUGGAAACGGGCCUGAGGGACUGCCUGAAGCACAACUACGUCCUGAGCCAGGUCAACAGCCGGGACGGGGCCGGGCAGACCCCCCUGCACCUGGCCUGCGAGCGGGGGGACUUGGCCUGCGUUCGGGAGCUGCUGCUGCACUGCCAGGCGCACACGGACGUUAGGGACCGCAACGGCGACACGCCCAUGCACUGUGCUGCCAAACAGGACUCCGCCACCAUCAUCCAGGCACUGUGUUCCCGCCCCUGCGCUGGUGUGAAUGAACUGAACGUUGCCGGGGAGACGCCGGUGCACGUGGCCUGUCGACUCGGGAAGGCGGAGUCACUGAAGGCACUGAUUGGAGGUGGCGCCAAGUGUGAUGUCACUGGAGGGCAGGGUUACGCCAUCCACUCUGCUAUGAAGUACAGUGAGAAGGGCUGCGCAGAGGCCAUUCUGACUGCGGAGCCUGCGCAGCUGCAGGCAGAGGACGGUAGGUAUGGAGGAACCCCAUUGCACUGGGCCAAGACCGCAGAGAUGGCUAAAAUGCUGCUGGAGAGGGGCUGCUCCGUGAACUACCUGAGCAAAACCGGGGAGAGCCCGCUUCACAUUCUGACCAAGAGGGGGCGCUUCGAGGCCGCCAUGGUGCUGCUCACGAACGGGGCCGACCCCAACCUCCGCGGCCAGGACGGGAACACGGCUCUGCACCUCGCCAUGAAGAUGGAUCACAUGGAGCUGAUAAAGGCUUUCAUUGUCUUCGGGGCCGAUGUGGAAAUCCCCAAUGACCUGGGGGAGACCCCUGGACUGAUCGCCGCACGGACCAGCAAAGGCCCCAACAGAAAGGUUCUGCUCAACAUGCUGUGUAGUGUAGGAGUGGAGCGGUGUCAUCCCCCCUCCCCCGACACCCCUCCCCCGAUCACCAAGAGACCACCUCAGCCGGGCAUAGGAUUUGAGGACAUCAUACAUGUGGCAGCCACAGUUGGGGCUAUAGCUCAUGGCAAAGCAGAGGUGGAUGGUUUCAACAGUGGACGCAGGAAGACGGACAGGCUGCUUUGUCUGGACGGGGGAGGCAUUAAGGGCCUGAUUCUGAUCCAGAUGUUGAUUGCCCUGGAGCGACAGGCCGGCCGGCCGGCGAGAGAGCUCUUUGACUGGGUCUCUGGCACCAGCACAGGGGGCAUCCUGGCUCUGGCCAUAGUGCACGGUAAAUCCAUGGAGUACCUGCGCUGUCUGUACUUCCGGAUGAAGGAGCAGGUGUUCCGAGGGUCCCGCCCCUACGAGUCUGCCCCCUUGGAAGAUUUCCUGAAGAAGGAGUUUGGGGAGAACACCAAAAUGGCCGAUGUCCAGCACCCCAGGGUCAUGGUGACUAGUGUCCUUGCAGACAGACAUCCGGGAGAGCUGCACCUUUUCCGAAACUACGAUCCCCCCGUUCUCACCCGGGACCCCCCGUAUGCCUCCACUGCCACGUUCCAGCCCCUGACCAUUCCCCAAGGAUGGGAGGAUGAGGAUGUGUUGAUAGUGGGCUAUUCACUGGAACCUCCCAAAAAGCGUAGGAAGGUGACAGAUGAAGAGCAGUGCGUCUGGCGUGCAGCCCGGUCCAGCGGCGCCGCCCCCACCUACUUCCGACCAAUGGGCCGCUUCCUGGACGGGGGGCUGUUGGCCAACAACCCAACCCUGGACGCCAUGGCAGAGAUUCACCAGUACAACAAGGGCCUGAGAGCUCAGGGCAGGGGAGCGGAGGUCCAGCGCCUGGGUGUGGUGGUCUCCCUGGGCACAGGGAAGCCCCCCCAGGUGGCCGUGAGCUCGGUGGACGUCUUCCGCCCAACCAAUCCGCUGGAGCUGGCAAAGUCCUUUGUGGGCGCCAAAGAGCUGGGGAAGAUGCUGGUGGACUGUUGCACUGACUCUGACGGCUGUGCAGUGGACCGGGCCAGGUCCUGGUGUGAGAUGGCAGAUAUCAGCUACCACAGGCUGAGUCCCCAGCUGUCGACGGAGGUGAUGCUGGACGAGGUGAGCGACGCGGUUCUGGUCAACAUGCUGUGGGAGACCCAGAUGUACCUGUACAAGCAGCGGGAGCAGAUCCAGGCCCUGGCACAGCAGCUGCUGCAGGGCUGACGGACGGAGGGACGGACGGACGUACAGACAGACGCACGCACGGACGGACGGACGGACGUACAGACAGACGCAUGCACGCACUGACGGACGGACGUACAGACAGACGCAUGUUUGGACGGAUGAAUGUACAGACGGACGCAUGCACGGACGGACGGACGGACGGACAGACAGAGGGGGAGGAAAAGGAGAGGGAGAGGCACGCAAGCAGAAGGGGGGUGGGGGGGGGACAGACAGCUACAGAACACAGACGUGAUUCAUUUGGAGCAGUAUAAUGGUACAAACGAUACAGUUUACAUCGCUGUCCGGAAGCGAAGAGACAGACGUGCACAUUGAAAACGUACGUUGUCGACGUCCCUCUGUCCUCCGUGCGGGUGGAUGAUGGGGACUUGCUAACAGUGUAUACACCUUUUAUCGUAUUUACCUAACUCCUCUGUUUACAAUUGCACUGGGAAGUAGGAAACCGAGAAGAGACUGGUCGUCUGGCGGAGAUUUUUGGGAGUAUGCACGUAGGUCAAAGGUGAAAUGGCUCAAACCCUCGAACUAAUGACGUCUUCCCACCACAUCUCGGUGGCACACAUCAGUCUUUCUCACAAGGUUGCCCUGAUACUUGAGUUACCAUGACAGUGAUGACAAGCUGUUACAGUUGUAUGUACAAAUAAUUUAACAUUGAUAAAUCUGUUAAUAACACAUCGUAAACACACAGGCUGCUUUUGUACUCCCUAUAAGUGUAUAAUCCAGAAACAUCAUUUUUUUGCUGUUUUGGGGUGAAUACAUGUGUCGUUUUAGUUUCGUAAAAUUAAGAAAAACCACUUAAGCUUUGAUACAAUGUGUUCUGGAAAUACUAUUUUUUUUUAUUGUUUUAGUUGUGCUGCUGUAAUGAAGUGAAUAAUAAAUUACUAUAUACAUUAAAUAUGUAUGUGAAAUCAAAA